ACUUCAGAGCGCAGAUGGAUCCUAAUAGAAUAUCAGAAGAUGGCACUCACUGCAUUUACAGAAUUUUGAGACUCCAUGAAGAUGCAGAUUUGCAAGACACAACUCUGGAGAGUCAAGACACAAAAUUAAUACCUGAUUCAUGUAAGAAAAUUAAACAGGCCUUUCAAGGAGCUGUGCGAAAGGAAUUACAACAUAUUGUUGGAUCACAACACAUCAGAGCAGAGAAAGCUAUGCUGGGUGGCUCAUGGCUAGACCUGACCAGGAGGGGCAAGUCUGAAACUCAGCCUUUUGCUCAUCUCACUAUUAAUGCCACUGACAUCCCGUCUGGUUCCCAUAAAGUGAGUCUGUCCUCUUGGUACCAUGACCGGGGCUGGGCCAAGAUCUCCAACAUGACUUUCAGCAACGGAAAACUAAUAGUUAACCAAGAUGGCUUUUAUUACCUGUAUGCCAACAUUUGCUUUCGACAUCAUGAAACUUCGGGAGGCCUAGCUACAGCAUAUCUUCAGCUGAUGGCGUAUGUCACUAAAACCAGCAUCAAAAUCCCAAGUUCGCAUACCCUGAUGAAAGGUGGAAGCACCAAAUAUUGGUCAGGGAAGUCUGAGUUUCACUUUUAUUCCAUAAAUGUUGGGGGAUUUUUUAAGCUACGAUCUGGUGAGGAAAUAAGCAUCGAGGUGUCCAACCCUUCCCUACUGGAUCCUGAUCAAGAUGCAACAUACUUUGGGGCUUUUAAAGUUCAAGAUAUAGAUUGAGCCCCAUUUUGUGCAGUGGUGUCAUUGAAUUUCCUAGGUGUUUGGGAACUUUUUAAAAAACAAGCCAAGAAAGAUGUAUAUAGGUGUGUGAGACUACUAAGAGCCAUGGCCCACAAAGGUACAAGACUCAUUGUUCAUGUCCUUGGCCCUGUAGGGAACACGCAUAUUUACAGCCAUUGGGAGAUGUUGGACUCAUGGUGUGUUACAUAAUGGUUUUACAAUUUUGUAAUGAAUUCCUAGAAUUAAACCAGAUUGAAGCAAUUAUGGUUGCCCUUAGGAAAAACUGCAUUUGGGCUAUGGGAGGGGUUCUCUGGAUCUAGCCCCUGGUUCUGUGCCACCAUGCAGCGUAGGUGGAGAGGGUGACAUCCUUGCAAAUGAAUGAUCAUCUGAAGAGGUAAGUUCUUUAGAAUUGUUACAUCACGCUGGAACCUGCAAAUAAAUACUUUUUCUAAUGAGGAGAGAAUUUAUAUGUAUUUUUAUAUAAUAUCUAAAGUUAUAUUUCAGAUGUAAUGUUUUCUGUCCAAAGUAUUGUAAAUUAUAUUUGUGCUAUUGUAUUUGAUUCAAAAUAUUUAAAAAUGUCUCACUGUUGACAUAUUUAAUGUUUUAAAUGUACAGACAUAUUUAACUGGUGCACUUUGUAAAUCCCCUGGGGGAAAACUUGCAGCUAAGAAGGAAAAAAAAAUGUUGUUUCCUAAUAUCAAAUGCAGUCUAUUUCUUCAUUCUUUUAAACUUAAUAAACAGAUGUUUUCAGACUUGUCAAGCCUGUGCAAAAAAAAAAAAAAAAUUAAAUGGAUGCCUUGAAUAAUAAGCAGGAUGUUGGCCACCAGGUGCCUUUCAAAUUUAGAAGCUAAUUAGCUUUUGAAAGCUGACAUUGCCAAAAAGGAUACAUAAUGGGCUACUGAAAUCUGUCAAGAGUAUUUAUAUAAUUGUUGAACAGGUGUUUUUUUUUUUUUUUUUACAAGUGCUGCAAAUUGUACAUUUUUUUUUAAAUAGGAAAGUUAUUAGUGGUUUAUCAGCAAAAAAUUUCAUUUUUUAAUUUAGUAAAAGUUAUUUUAUACUGUACAAUAAAAACAUUGCCUUUGAAUGUUAAUUUUUUGGUACAAAAAUAAAUUUCUAUGAAAACUUGC